AUGGAAUCUGAGAAUGCAGGUGAAGGUGGUAACCUGACUGGUGAUGUAUUGUCAGUUGGGAUGAUGGAAGAUGGAGGGGUAUCUCAAUGUGUGACUCAAAGCAUGGACAAUGCAACCGUCAUUCCUCAAAGUCGAAAACAAAGGAAGAAAAAAGAUAAUGUUUUGAUGGAUGCAAUGACGACAAGUCUUGGACAAAUGAUUAAGGUGUUUGGUGCCUAUGUGGAGAACAGUGGAAACCAAUUGGCAAGUAUUGUCUAUUGGGUUGGGUAUGAGCAAGAUGCAGCAAUAGCACACAGAAACAAACUUGUUGAAUUUCCUAAGAUUGAAGGCCUUUCUAUGCAACACGGCAAUGAGGAGGUGUACAAAAUUGCUUGUGAUUUUAUUAAGUCAACAGUGUUCUAUUCGACUCCCUCUUAUUGUUGGAAGAGUGUCUCAGAGAGACAUUUGAUACUGAGACCCGGCGCUUUAGCUCCUAAUGGAGGCAUAAGGAUCAUUCAGAGGCUCCUUUCCUUCGAUCUAAUAUGGUAUGCAAACAGCCUGGCUUAG